AUGUCUGACAACGAGAGCCAUCAAUCCGAGUCCAUGGCUCGCGAAAUCAUCAACAACGCUUCUCAUACCGAUGAGGUUUUGAAUGACCACCGCAACCAACCAGCUUCGUUGCCCAUAAGAGUAGUACCUCCAGAAGAUGAGACGGUAGGAACAAGAGGAUCCGCCGAGCAUGAGGCCCCUGAGGGGCUGUCAUCCAGACCUGGCCGCCUGGAUAACACAGGCUCGCUGGGUGAUGCUCAUGCCGCAUACGGUGCUCAAGGUGGAGCCCAUGCAGAGAGCCAACCUGGAUUCAGAGAGGAAUUACCUUCACCCACCACAGGCAGUAGAAGAACGUACAUGCCUUCGCUCCGCACAGAGUUCUAUCUCAGAGAUGACGAGGACCAGGUCCCAAUCCCUCACUCAUCUGCGGCUGGAGAUGGGCCAGCUGGAACCAGUCACAUACCUAUUGUCAGAGGUCCUGGAGGCUCGUUAGCUGCUGCUGCCAGGCAUGGCAGGUCCAGAUCCAGAUCAUUUUCUGAGCAGGUGAAGAUCUUACAGAAUCCUCAUCAUACUCAAGUAGUACCAGCUAUCUCCACAGAUCCAAAUUCCAGUGCCAAAUCUCGUAUGCCACCCAAUGCUCCUUUGACACAACCUCCCGCUAACUCAGAGAGGGGUAUUUUGUUGAAUCCCACCAGUGGAGGAGGAAGUACAUCGGGAGCAGCUGGAAAUUCCACUAGCAAAAAACCCAUUAAGCCUAAAGUUAGAAGAGGCUCUUUCUUGAACGAUAAUCUAGAUUCUGAUAUCGUCUCUCCAUUGACCAAAUCUAAAACAAACGAUUCAGGAAUGAGCGAAGGUGGUGCCUACAGAAGAGAGAGAAGAGCUUCGCGCUCUUCUAUCGAUAGUGAUCUCGAUUCAAGAGCGUCAAGGUCUUCUCAAGAAACUGAAGAGGAUGUCUGUUUUCCCAUGCUUAGAGAACAUGUAAGGAUCAACGGAAUCGAUUUUGACGAAAUUGAGGAAUUCAUUAAAGAAGAAAGAGAAGAAGCAAAUUACAUGAAAGAACAGCAAAAUCUAAUUGCUGAGAGAACAGCUUUUAGAGUUAGUAGAAAUGCCACUUCAACUGGCAUUCGUAGUGACGCCGAAAAAGGAGGUAUACAUUCUGCAUCGUCUGCUGCCUUGAAGUAUACGCCUAAAAAUAUUUUGAAAAGGACUCAAACAACACUUGGAAAGCUUGCCCAUUCUCAAGAUCAACGCGGACACGGUGAUGAAGUAGAACAAGAUGUGAGGGUGACUGUCAAUGUGCCAGAGAAGUUGACCUCAGAUUCGUCCACUGUAAAUGAAGAUUCGCUGGAGGAAAAAGCUCAUAUAUCUCCUAGUAUAGGACCUGCUUCUGUCGGUGUAGCUGAAGACGAUUACGAUUCAAUUGCCUCUGAGGCUGUCAAAUUUGGAGGUACUAGAAUAAACGAUGCUUCGUCUAGUUUACCCGACAGAUUUUCCUUUUUCCUGAGUGAAUCUGAUGAAACCGUACAUUCUCCUGAUAUUCCAUCUUUGGUUGCACCUGGUCAAACUGUUCGUGAGUUAUUUAAGAACGGUGAAAGUACUUGGUGGUUAGAUUGUGGGUGCCCUACUGAUGAAGAAAUGAAAAUGAUCGCCAAAGCUUUCGGAAUCCAUCCAUUGACUGCAGAAGAUAUUAGGAUGCAAGAAACAAGAGAAAAGGUUGAAUUGUUUAGAAAUUAUUAUUUUGUCUGUUUCCACACUUUUGAACCUGAUAAGGAAUCCGAGGAUUACUUGGAACCCAUUAAUGUUUAUAUAGUUGUUUUCAGAGAAGGUAUACUUUCAUUCCAUUUCUCCCCAGUGCAACACCCUGCAAAUGUGAGAAGAAGAGUUCGUCAAUUAAGAGACUAUGUCGAUGUGAGUGCAGACUGGUUAUGUUAUGCGUUAAUUGAUGACAUUACUGAUGGUUUUGCUCCAGUAAUUACAGGAAUUGAGUAUGAAGCAGAUGCCAUUGAAGACUCUGUGUUUGUCGCCAGAGAAAUGGAUUUUUCAAAUAUGUUACAGAGAAUCGGUGAAUCUAGAAGGAAAGUUAUGACUUUAAUGAGAUUGCUUUCUGGUAAAGCUGAUGUUAUUAAGAUGUUCGCCAAAAGAUGUCAAGAUGAAGCUUUGCAUCACCACAACCAAUACCAGCAAUUACAGCAGCAACAACAUCAACCGCAACAUAGCGGAAUGUCUCAGUCUACGACAAACUUAGCUGGUAUGGAUGCUCAGAGUUUCAGAAAUUUACAUCAAUUCCAAUUCCAGGGACCUCAACCGUUACCACAGGGAGUAGCUGGAUCUUAUCCGAUCCCUCCUAACCACCCAAUUACACAGCCAAGGGCCGAUAUUGCAUUGUAUUUAGGUGAUAUUCAAGAUCAUGUGGUUACUAUGUUCCAGAAUUUGCUUGCAUACGAAAAGAUUUUCAGUAGAUCACAUUCAAACUAUUUGGCACAAUUACAAGUUGAAAGUUUCCACUCGAAUAAUAAAGUUACAGAAAUGUUAGGGAAAGUUACUUUAUUAGGUACGAUCUUGAUUCCCUUGAACGUUAUAACUGGUUUAUUUGGUAUGAAUGUUCAUGUUCCUGGUGAAGGAGGAUCUGAGUUAGGUUGGUUUUUCGGGAUUAUUGGGGUUAUGGUAUUCUUCGUUACAGUUGCUCUACUUGCUGCCAAUUUUUGGCUUAAUCGCUUGCUGGGCUCACCAGCUCCACAACCCAUGAGUUCAAGACGCUCAAUCAAAAGUUUGGGGUUACGUAAGAGCGCUGCAAAGUCGAUCUUAAGCUUCCCAAACAAGUACGAGUAG